AUGGUGGAAUUUUCAAUAACAAGAACAAUUUUAGUGAAAACACCCGCGUCAGGUGAUGCUGACAUUAAGAAGAAAGAGGAGUCCAUCAUGGAACUUGGAAAUAUGUUGGCAAAGAAUAAACAGACGGAAGAGCUGAGGAAGAUGAUUGAACAAACUCGUCCAUUUCUUGUCUCCCUAGGGAAAGCCAAAGCAGCUAAACUUGUACGAAAUUUGGUUGAUUUGUGUCUGAUGAUUGAUGAUCAGAAUUGUACAUUCAAGUUCAUUUUAUUCGAUUUCCAGUGCUUUGAUUUGAAAACUAUAUUGAGUUCUCUUUCAGAUUUUGAACAGUCGAGAAUUUACAGGAGGCGAUGGAUCGACGCACAUCUUCUCGUCAAAUCGAUGCUGUUUAAUCCGAUCUGCGACUUCCGGAAUGAAAAACUUGACAUAAGUGAUUCCUUUGUGGAGUGUGAGUUGCAGAGAGCAAAAGCUUUCUAUCAUCUUGGAAACAUUGGUAGAGCACGAGCAUCGCUGACUGGAGCUCGAACCACUGCGAAUGCCAUAUAUGUGCAGCCUAGGAUGCAGGCCGCAUUGGAUUUACAGUCCGGCGUUCUUCAUGCUGCAGACGAGAAAGACUUUAAAACAGCGUUCUCGUACUUCUAUGAGGCUUUCGAAGGAUACGAUUCGGUUGACGAAAAGAGCUUGGCACUUUUGUCUCUGAAGUAUAUGCUUUUAUGUAAGGUAAUGCUUGAUGUACCUGAUGACGUCAAUACACUACUAACGGGUAAGCUUGCGCUGAAGUACUCCGGGUCGGAUUUGGAUGCAAUGCGGGCUAUUGCUGCAGCUGCGAAGAAGAGAAGUUUAGCAGAUUUCAAUACUGCCUUUGGAGCCUAUCCACAAGAGCUACAGAUGGAUCCUGUCGUUCGCAAACAUUUCAACUCCCUCAGUGAACGAAUGCUGGAGAAGGACCUGUGCCGUAUCAUUGAACCCUACUCCUACGUUCAAAUCGACCACAUUGCCAACAGUAUUGGUAUCGAUCGCGAAAAGGUUGAGAAGAAACUGUCACAGAUGAUACUGGAUCGGAAAUUCAGUGGAUCUCUUCAUCAAGGUGAUGGAAUGUUGAUCGUCUAUGACGUAUCUCCUCCAGAUGUCACAUACGAAACGGCCCUGAAAACGAUACACGCCAUGGGUGAAGUGGUAGAUGCAUUGUACCAACGAGCUAGCAAACUUCGGUAG